ACGCUCCCGAGUGCGGUUCGGAGUAACGGAAACGAGAGAAGCCAUUUGUGGAGCGAGCCCGUGGAGCUUUUUCGUCUGAUGUGAGCGAAGACGAAGACGAACAAACAAAUAAACAAUAAUCGCAAUAAUAAACGUAAUUCAAACAAUUAAUCAAAACGCGACGAUCAAUGAAACUCACACACACAACGAAAAAAUGUUUAUUUAAUUGUUAUACGGCUAUAAAAAAUACUUACAACAACCACAACAUAGAAAAGUGCCAGUGAAUGAGAUUGUACUUAAUUUUUACGUACAAAAUAGCUGUAAAUGUAUGGCAUGCCUGUGAGUGUGUGCGUGUAACAGUGCCAGUGAGUGUGUGCGUGCCUUUGCAUGAGUAUACAUAUGUGUGCGGCUUUAUCAAUUGCUCCACAUAAAAGUUUUCAUUGAAGUGUUUGACGACAACCAACCCUAAAUAGCUAACCAGCGAGCGGGAGAGUACGCGAAGGAGGAGAAUCAGCUUAAAACGAGGGGCCACUUGUAACACACGCAAGAGCGAAAGAGACACACCGCCUGGAAAGAGCAAAAGAGAUAGUUGAAAAGUGCGACAGGGAGAGUGGGAGCAGCAGCGGCGGCAGCAGUAGCGGUGGUUUGACAAUAUGUUGAGCCCCCAUAAUGAAGGAAAUUGAUACGGAGACAACAGUAGUAUGGCCAGCCUGGUGUUAUUCCGGUAACGCACCCACCGACAUACUGCAGCAGAAGCCAGCCAAGGCCACAACAGCGAUUGUGGGUGGUCGCAGUGCAACGCAACCGGCGACCCGCGACGAGCAUCAUUUUGGCUCCUCGGCGGCGGCCACCACCAGCUCCACCUCCAGCUCCAGCUCCAGCUCCAACAAGCGGAAACAUCUGGAGCGUCUGGCCAGCGAUUUGCGCUCCCAGCUCCUCUCCGAACCGUUCUCCUCCACCCCCUCUGCAGCGAAAAUGCUCAGCGAACGAUCGCUGCUGCUGAGCGGUUAUGGGGCGGCCAUCGAGAGCACCGCCAAGAAGCUGAGCGAAGCGGCCACCGGAGGUGGCAACUCGGGUGGUGGCAACUCCAAUCAGGCCACGACACCCAGCCACAUCACUGCCACAGCCACCUCCUCAGCAUCGUCAACGUCCUCCAGUCCGGCGGCGACCACGGCAGCAGCAGCUGCGGCAGCCUAUGCCGCCCUCUAUCUGGAGAAGGUCAAGAACGAAAAGAUGUCGCCACUGUCGCAUAUGGAUGGCCACAAGGAUGGUGGCCACAUGGAUGCCUCGCCCAUGGUGACCAUACACAAUAACAACAACAACAACACCAUCAACAACAACAACAGUAGCAGCGGCAACAGCUGUGGUAGCGGAAGCGGCAGCCUUGGCAACCAUCAAUCGAGUCAGCAGCAGCACAUGAGCCUCGGCGUGAAAAGAGAACGCCUCAGUCCCGGCAGCAACAGCAGCCACAAUGGCGACAUAACCGUCGGAGCAUUUGCCAGAUCUCGCUGCGCCACGCCCUCAUCAUCAUCGUUUCGCGGUGGCGGUGGUGCCUCACCCAACCACCAGCAGCAGCAGCAACAGCAACAACAAAGAUUGAGUCCCCCUGGUGCUCAAACCACGACACACAUGCCGCUACACAAUUUGUCCACAAAUUUGUUGAAUACCAUUCAACAGCAUCAGCAGCAGCGCAACAACAACAACAGCAGCAGCAGCAGCAGCACAAGCAACAGCAACAAUGUGAACCAAGGAAGUGGUGCAGGAAGUUCGGGCAGCAGUGCCACAACGAGCUCCAAUAUAAAUGCCACGGAUUUCUCCACCCGCAACUAUUCGGACAUUAUGCGAUGUCUGGCGGCCAAAUACAAUAACACCAAUCCCAAUGACAACCAUGCAACACGACGCAAUUCCUAUUACGACAGCAGCAGCGCAGGCAACUCGGCGGCAGCAGCAGCGGCAGCAACAUCAGGAGUCGCCACCUCUGGCACACAGCAGAGCAGCAGUAGUGGCAGCAGCUCCACCACAAAGUCGGGCAAUGCCAAUAGCAGCAGCAGCAGCAGCGGUGGCGGCAGCAACAGCAACACCAACAACAGCAGCAGCUGCCCCACCAAUGCCAGCAAUGCGGCCAAGAAGCUCUCGCCCUCGGCGGCUGCGUCGGCGGCUGCUGUCAGUCUGCCCAAGGAGACCAAAGUGAGUGUGGCCGAUGGCAGAGGAGGAGGAGGAGGCGGUGGAGCAGGAGCCGGAACCUCUGGAGCUGGCGUGGGCUCUGUGGCCAGUGUUGGAACGUUGCUACCGCCAGCCGCUGCACAGUCGCCCACGGAGCAGGCCAAGAGCCAAAUGGCCGCUGUGGUGGCGGCCGCCAGUGUUUCGCCGUUUAUGUCCAGCUUUUUGCCCUUCUCGUCGGGCAUUUUUCCGCCGCUGAUAGACAUGAGCAGCACCCAGGCCCUGAUGACGCUGGUGCGUGCUGUCAAAGAUGCCCAAAUCCAGGAAAUUCUGCGCGGCAAGCCACAGCAUCCGCAGCAUUCACAGCAUCCACGUUCCAGUUCCAAUGCCUCGUCGCCCAGUGCCAGUGCAGCGGGCACGCCACGUUCCACUCUGAAUGCCGCGCUCCAGCAGGCGGCUCAAUUUGUUACACCCGCUUUCAUCUACUCGGCCCAGCUGCAACAGCAACAACAGCAGCAGCAGCAGCAGCAGCAACAACAAUCGCAUCACGCUUCGCGGCAGUCUAGUCCACGUUCCACAACAGAGACUUCGACUUCUGUGGCGCCCGGCGGUGGUGGCGGUGGUGCUGCUGCUGGUGGCUCAUCGAUUGCGUCGGCGGCGCCAUUAGACUUGAGCUCCCAACCGCCAGCCGCAAAGCGCUUGAAGCUCGAGCCCGAGGGCCUGCUAGGGACGACGCGUCGUGCCAGCUCAACGGCCACCACGGCCACGACAGCGACAACAGCCUCAUCCACACCAUCCCCGCCACUUCUGGACCAGUCCGAGGAGAUCCAACCAGGUACCAGCAAUGCCCACGCCAACGCAGGCACAGGAGCCUCUGGCGGCGGACCGCGUCAGUGUCAGGCACAGAGCGAGGAGGUGAACUCCUGGUCCGUGGACGAUGUGUGCGGCUUUGUGGGUGGAAUUGAUAUAUGCGCCGAAUAUGUUCAGUCGUUCCGUGAUCAGUCCAUCGAUGGCACCGGCCUGCCGCUCUUAACCGAAGAUCAUUUGGUUAACUCGCUGGGCAUGAAGCUGGGGCCGGCACUCAAGUUGCGCUCCAUAUUGGCGAGGAAAUUGGGCGGGCCGUGUCCGUGUGUUGCAUGCGUUGCGCAGGCGCAACAAAUGUUGGCCUUGCAAACGGGCGGAACACCGCCAGCAGGGGCUGCAGCAGGGACAGGGACAGGGACAGGGGCGGUCACUGCCACCCCAACUAGUUGCAGCAUCAUCAAAACGGAGAUCUUUAAUGGGAGCAGCAGCAGCAGCAGCAGCAGCAACAGCAACAGCAGUAGCCAGAGCAAUGCCACAUGUUGCAUGAACGAUGCCAGCUAGUUAUGUAGCUGCCAACCCAGCUAGAUAUUUAUACUAACUAAUUGCAUUUCAACUGCAAAAAUUGUUGUAUUGUACCAAAUGAGCUUUCAAGAAAACAAAACAAAAACAAAACAAAAUCAAGAAAGAAAUGGAGAAGGAAAACCCUAUUGUAUAACUGUAUAAAUUAAAUGUGUAAUCUAAUUGCUAGUAGCUAAAGUUGUAAACUUUAAGUGACAACAACUAAAACAACAACGAUCGCAAAGUCUUCCAUUUGCCCACACACACAUACAUAGACAGACAUAGGCAGACACAAAUCAUCUUUGUAUAGAGUUAAUCAAUUAAUUAGUCAAUUUAAUGAGAAGAGUUUCCGUUUACGUACUUAAGUGCAGAGCGCCCUCGCUUUGCAUUGGAUUUUAUUUAUUUUCUAUGACUUUUAUUUUAACUGCUAGUCAGUAAUACACAUAACAUUUAAAUACGUAGAAUUCUGCAAAAUGAGUAACUUAACAACUUAAAGAAUUCAAUACAAUAUUGUUUAGCAAAACGAAAGUAAAAGGCUAUUUAUUUUAAAUAUUUUAAUUGCAAUACGGCAUCAAUUGUUACAGCCCCCAAAAAAUCGUUUAUUUUCAAGAUGUAUCCUUAUUUUGUAUUUAUCUACAUUUAUUUUCUGCGGCCAUGCACAGAGGAAUUCAAAAUUCAACUUUACGAACUGUAAAUCAUUUUUUAAGAGCUCCAAGACUUGAAGAAACACACACACACACACACACACACAAACAAAUACCUAUUUUAUAGUUUCUGUGUACAUAUUGUUUUAUUUAAUUAUUUAUAAGUUAAGUAGUGAGAAACAUUUUCUAACACAUAGGCCGUAUGCAACGAACUUAAACAAAAAGAAAGAGAA